GCGCGCUUCGCAGCGGACCCGAUGAUGAACUUCCUGAGGCGCCGGCUGUCGGACAGCAGCUUCAUCGCCAACCUGCCCAAUGGCUACAUGACGGACCUGCAGCGGCCCGAGCCCCAGCAGCCGCCGCCGCCCCCCGCCGCCGCCGCCCCCGCCGCGUCGUCGCCUCAGGGGGGCCCCGAGCGCAGGGCCCCCGCGGCCGGCUGGGGAUCGGGGUCGGGGCCGGGGUCGUCGCCGCAGCCGCCGCCGCCGCAGCCCCAGCCCGCGGCCCCCGCGCCGUCGGUGGGCAGCAGCUUCUUCAGCUCGCUCUCGCAGGCCGUGAAGCAGACGGCGGCCUCGGCCGGCCUGGUGGACGCGCCCGCGCCCGCCGCGCGCAGGGCCAAGCUGCUGCUGGUGGUGGACGAGCCGCACACCGACUGGGCCAAGUGCUUUCGAGGCAAAAAAGUCCUUGGAGAUUAUGACAUCAAAGUGGAACAGGCAGAAUUUUCAGAGCUCAACCUAGUAGCACAUGCCGAUGGGACCUAUGCAGUGGACAUUCAGGUUAUCCGGAAUGGCAACAAGGUUGUCCGUUCCUUCCGGCCAGACUUUGUGCUCAUCCGGCAGCACGCCUUCGGCAUGGCCGAGAAUGAGGACUUCCGCCACCUGGUCAUAGGCAUGCAGUACGCUGGCCUCCCCAGCGUCAACUCACUGGAGUCCAUCUACAACUUCUGUGACAAGCCGUGGGUGUUUGCUCAGCUGGUGGCACUUCACAAGUCUCUGGGAGGAGAAAAGUUCCCGCUCAUUGAGCAGACAUACUAUCCCAACCACCGAGAGAUGCUGACGCUGCCCACAUUUCCUGUGGUGGUGAAGAUCGGACAUGCUCAUUCGGGCAUGGGCAAGGUCAAGGUGGAAAACCAUUACGACUUCCAGGACAUCGCUAGUGUGGUGGCCCUCACCCAGACCUAUGCCACAGCUGAGCCCUUCAUUGACUCCAAGUAUGACAUUAUGGUGCAGAAGAUAGGCAACAACUACAAAGCGUACAUGAGGACAUCCAUCUCAGGGAGCUGGAAGACCAAUGCUGGCUCUGCCAUGCUGGAGCAGAUUGCCAUGUCGGAAAGGUACAAGUUAUGGGUGGAUACCUGCUCAGAGCUCUUUGGUGGCCUGGAUAUCUGUGCCGUCAAGGCCGUUCACGGCAAAGAUGGGAAAGACCACAUCUUUGAGGUCAUGGACUGCAGCAUGCCGCUGGUUGGUGACCACCAGCUGGAAGAUCGGCAGCUCAUUGCUGAGCUCGUGGUCAGCAAAAUGAACCAGCUGCUGAGCAGGACCCCUGCCCUGUCCCCUCAGAGGGCCCUGACUACCCAGCAGCCCCAGCCCUGGUCGCUGUACAGAGACUCCCUGGAAGGGGCUGAUCUCGAAUCCAGUGAGAUUCCCGCAGCGCUUUCCUAA